AUGAGCCCGAUGUUCAAGGCGGCAGAAUACAAUGCCCUUCUCGAGGCGGCGCGUGCCACCGACGACAUUUUCGACUCUGCCUCGGAAGAGCCUGACCAAGUCAGUAUCCGCGUCUCGGAUAGCCAGUACGACGCCAUCACGUAUCCUGCCCGCGCAGAUGAAGUUGUUCGCAUCGUGGCCGCGCCCGGGUCGGGAAAGACAUUUACUCUCACGGCGCGAAUCGCUCACAUGGUCCAGAACGGCACCGACCCAGCAGAAAUCUUGGUGCUAUGUAUGGCCAACCGGUCGGUGGAGGCGGUGAAAAAGGCUCUUACAGCCAUCAUCGGAAAGGACGAGGCGCAACGUGUAUCGAUCUCGACCUUCCAUUCAUUCAGCGCCAUGGUUCUCGAGCAGGAUGGAGGAGUUGCUGCAGGCGCGCGCCGCCGGGUGUUUGAUAAUCGAUGCUGGCGCAACUUUGUGCGGACGUUUCUGGCGCGCCUGGCGCAGCUCGGCCUGCACCGCGUGGAAGGCAAGGUGAGUGCGGGCCAGUUGGAGCGAAUACUUGCGGGCGUGGCGCGCGGCGAAUUUUCUGUGGCCGAGGCGGCGGAGCGCCACAAGAUCUCGGCCGCUUAUGUGGAGGCGCUUUUGCUGUACCUCGAAGCGCAGGGUGUCUUGCGCUACGACGAUCUUUUGCUCGAGUGCGCGCGCCUUCUUGAAGGGAAGAUGCCUUUCCCUCGCCUUCUCACAUGCACCAAGGUAUUUGUGGACGAAUUCCAAGACAUCCACCCUUUGCUUAUGCGGAUAAUAGCGGCGGUCGUGAAGUAUCCUACAGAGGGGCAGGACGACGUGUUCAAGCAUUUGACCGUGGCGGGCGACCCGCGCCAAUGCAUCUACGAUUUUUUGGGCGCGCAGCGCGAUAACAUGGAGAAGUUGGUUCAGCAUGUGCCUCGUCCUGUGGCGGAUAAGCCUUUGUGUGAGCUGUUUCGAUGCACGCAGCAGAUUUUGGAUGUGGCCGCUCUCAUAGAUUUUGGCAAUGCUGCAGAAGAUAAGGCGAGCGCCAUUGUGCCCUCGGCGCAAGAAAGUAGCCAGAAGGAAACUGAGGUCCAAAGUAUGGAGGCGAGUGAGAAAUUUCCAGCGAACAAAAUAGUACACGUUAAAGUUGAGGCUGACGUGCAAACUGUGGCAGCUACGCCGAACACGGCCGCCACCAACAGUGGACGCUCGCCUGGCCUGUCCCAUCUUGACAAGCCGGCAUUGGCCCUCCUUUCGAACCGAGAAUCAGGCCCGCGCCCUGUGCUUUUGCCUGCGCGCAACGAGCUCGACCAUGUUUGCAAAGAAAUUGUGCGCUUGCUCUGUUGCCUGGCGCUUCUUCAGCCGCGCGACAUGGCCAUUUUGGCCCGCACCAACGCCGAAGCGACGCGCGCCACCGCAGCACUCACUGCGCUUGGAAUUCCCGCCGUAAAAGUCGCCCCAGGGAACGCAUGGGUCGACUCUAACAUGCACGUGUACCGCGAUGUGUUGAGCGUAAUCUGUGGCGGGUCCGACGCCGGCCUCAGCUUAUUAAAUGUGAUGGCUCUUUUAGACCCGCACAGAGGCGCGCGCGCGCGCGCCGCCCGCACACUUACAAAGAGCUUUGAGCAACCGUACGGCGACCAGCCAGAUGCGUUGGAAAUCUUUUUGCAUGCGGAGCUUGUGGAUAUGGAAAAGGGCAACACAUCGGGUCUGCUCGCGCGCAUCUAUCGCACUUGCCCAGAUCUGUUGGAGAACAUCGCUGCCUUCUUGAACCAAGUCCAAAUAGAACGCGAAACAGUCCGCGCGCUCCAUUCCCAGGACCCGCUUGCAUACACGCCGCUCCAAUUGGUGCAAUGUUUGGCGCGCAUGGCGCGGCUCGCAGGCAUUCAUGACUACGUUUUCGCCGCAGAAUCUGGAAGCACUCGCCCCAAAGUGGGCGGCGGCUCUACUACUUCUGGAGCCGAUCUUCUCACAUCCUUCAACAAUUCAGUGCACCAUUCGUUUGAUAUGUACAGUGGCAGCGCCGAGGCUCAAACAAUGCCGUUCAUUGACUACUUUCUCCAGACCUAUGACAACGAAGUGCCGCCUCCGAAUACGAACCUGGUGCGUGUUUCCACAAUCCACUCAGCCAAGGGCCUCGAGUUUCCAGUGGUGUUUGUUCUUGCGCUGGGUGCACGCACCUCGUGGGAAAAAAUUCUCGCGCCGGAAUCUUUUCUGGCCGACUAUGCCAGUCGCCACUUGCUUUUUGUGGCGCUCACGCGGGCCCGAACAUUGUUGUAUGUGGGCUCGGCGCUGGGGCACGAUGAACUUCCGUCUCUGGUGAGACGUUGGUUCCUGCACGAGAAGCCGCAGUUCUUGACCUUAUCAACAGAUCUUCCACAUGCGGAGUCCCCUGCACAAAACACCGAAUUGACUGCGGCCCUCGCAAACUUGUCUAUCAAUGAGAGAGAUCAGCUGCAAAGAAAACAAGAGGUAAAGGGACAACAGUGGGCAGAGAAAUCGGGAACAGAUCGGCAUACUAUGCUGGAAUACGCUAGACCGACCCUGCUUCUCAAAAAUCUCGCGUCUGAUCUCAAGAGAGAACUCCCGCUGGUUGAGAAACUUACCCGAGGACAUGAAUUAUAUGCGCGGCUUUUUCCCAAGGAGAACCAACCCCAUGCCAUCAGCAUCAAACCGCUUCUCUCGGGCUCUUCAGCACUAAGGUCGCCGUUACUUGCAACAUUACGAUCCACAAAAAACUUCUUCAGACGGGCAUGA